UUGCACUCGCUAGCAGAUAAAGACGGAGAUGGAACGAAAUGAGGCGCCAUUUAUGAUGAACCACAAGUGGAACAUCCGUCAGGCCAACCAUCUGCCCCCGAACCCCUCUGCAUAGUUGUCAGGCAGGAUAGAUAUGUUCCAAUCUUGUUGCCUUUUCCGACGGGCGGCGCAGCCAUUCCAACACCACACCCAGAGCUUUCCCAACACCCUCUAAACUCUUGUCUUUUGCCUCCAAUAUCCACCUCAAUCUUGUUUUGUCCAUGAGAUCACAAUAUGGCUUCAUAUAGCCCUAGAGAUAGAGGGUACCGCGGGAACCCGACCAAUCCGCCACCUCGCCGCAACGACUUGAACGGACGCAUGUAUGAUGAUAGAACCUCCCGCUCCCGCUCCCGCUCCCGCUCCUACUCUCCUCCACACCCUGUCUCACGAUCCAGGGACCGUAGAUACGGCUCACCAGGCGGUACACGCUCUCCUCCGCAUGGUAAAAUCAACUUCGCGCACUGGGGCGAAUAAAUGGAUACAUCUCUCGUUUUGAGCUUGUGCUGAUUUCUUCAUUUCUGUUUCCUACUUGAAGACACUUCUCGGACUCCUCGUGGGCCAGCGGCGGAUAGGAUGCAUCCCGGCGGGGAUGGCGAAAUCUCAACUUCUAGGGAUUACCGAUCUAGGGAGCGAGACGACUACCGGCGCCCCACUUGGUCCCCUCCACGACACCGUGGAAGGUCGUCAUAUAGGGACCGUGACCGGGAGGGAUAUCGCUCCCCUGGAUAUGACAGUCGCAGCAGAAGCCACAGCAGAAGUCGUAGUGGAUCCAGAAGCCGCAGCCAACGCGGCCGCCGACGUCCUUACUACGGCCAGGAAAGUCGUGAGAUCAUGAUGGAAGGCCUACCAGUGGACAUGAAUGAAGACGACAUUUUGAAUGAACUCACCCAAUAUUACCAUGUCGGGACGUUGGAGGAUGUUCGUGUCAUCCGCGAUCGUCAAACGAAGAUAUCCCGCCAGCUGGGCUUUCUUCGGUUCCCUACAAUAGAUGAAUCUCGUGAAUUCCUGGAACGCAAUUUUCCUACCAUAUAUCUCUAUGGGGACAGCGGAUCACAUACUGAUGAGCGUGGUACGAGGGUUAGAAUAGCUUAUAGUCGAGAAAGGGAAGACCGUAAUCGAAUCAAAGCUGAAGGAGAGUGGACAUGCAAGAUCUGUUCCAUAGUCAAUUACGCAACCCGACAGCGCUGUUUCAGAUGCCAAGCAGUUCGAGCCGAUUUUGUUCAACUUCCUCCUGGGAUAGCCAACCCUCCACGCGUUGCGAAUCACGGUGACAACGAUGUAGCUCCCGACGGGACACCAUCCCAAUUUAUUCUUCUUCGAGGCCUAGAGGCGUCGGUUACAGAGGAACUUCUUGCCAAAGGGGUAGCAAAACUUUAUAAGCCAACGCCGGGUUCAGAGGGACAUGGUGCAGCCACCGCCGCCAAAAAGGGCGCCAAGGUUGCGUCUACGACAGGAGAUGCCAAUCUCGGGGCACGAGAAGGCUCAAUACGGCGCGUAUUGCUCAUACGAGAUCGUCGAAGUAACGAAAGUUGGAAGUACGGCUUUGCGGAGUUUGCAACCGUAGAAGAUGCUCAAGCCGCACUGGCUCGAUAUAACUCCUUCGAAACAUUCACAAUUUCGUCGAAACCUGUUCUAGCUAGUUAUAUCCACGCCGGGGUCUUCGUUCCCGUCAUAAACCCUACAGCCAGCACUGAUCGAUUCACUUUCAGUCCACUUGGAAACCCUUCCAUGAAAUUAGCAUACUGGGACGAGACUGCUUAUGCAACUGAGUUGACGGUGUCGACAGAAGAUCUGGAUAAGAACCGUUCCAAACCCCGAGCGACAAAAUCCACCGUGGCUGACAAGAACCCCAAGACUAGCAAGGAGGUUGAAAAGGUAAAGAAGAGAAAGGCGGAUGCCGGAGGAUCCCUCAGCACAAAGAAGAUUGCUGUUCCUAGCCACUUGCAGUUUUGGAGCAACCGUCACGCUGAGCUGCAUGGUAUUCAGCGAGAUGAACCAAAGGACGGAGGCUCGGGCAGCGACCAAAAACAGGGUGGCAGCGAAGGUGGCUCAUCUUCUGGGUCACCUGCACCAACACAGUCCUACGUCGAUCUUAACCGUAAAUGCUGUUAUCUGUGCAUGCGCCAAUUUAAAACGGAAGCGGAAGUGAACAAGCACGAGAGACUCAGUCAGCUUCACGGUGAGAACAUGCAAAAUGAAGGUCUUAAGACCAAAGCCUUGGCGAAAUUGGCGAAGAAACGGGACCAGGCCGAACAUCAUCCUUCUUCAGAAUAUCGUGACCGGGCCAAAGAACGUCGUCAGGCUUUCGGGCCAUCGGUAAAAGCGAAGGAGAAGAAAGUGGAAAAGGAAAUUGAGGAAGCACCACAGGUUCCUCUCAUUUCGAAAGGCGCAGCUCUUCUCGGCAAAAUGGGCUGGUCUGCUGGUUCUGGACUCGGCGCGGAAGGCUCAGGGAUGACAGCCCCAAUCGCUACUGAUCUGUAUGUGCAAGGCGUUGGGUUGGGUGCUCAGGGAGGCAAAGUUGGCGAUGCCGUUCAGGAAGCCGGAAGGAAUACGAGGGGUAGGUAUGAUGAGUUCCUCGAGAAGACAAAGGAAACUGCACGUGAGCGAUACGAGCGAAUGUCGAAGGAGGAGUAGGUUGAUAGUAUCGUGAUAUGUAUCCUUUUUACCCUGUACUACUACCCAACAGCUAGCUUUUAUUUUUCAGUUCUAUGUAUUUGCCUACCUCAUUAGGAUACGGUAUUUCAUUUAUGACAUUUGUUAUGCCAUUUGUACGACGUAGCUUUUAUAGGUUAAGUUUUCCUGAAAUAUCUUAUAUCCAUUUUAAUCUGUCCUCUCGUCCAAAAUUCUUUAAAAGCGCUAUGAUACAGUAGAUUUUUCGGGACGUAAUCCAACGGAACAAGAGAAUGUCA